AUGAAGUCCAACUUUGUCAGCAUCGAUCAACAUGGACAGGCUUACGUGAACUGUACCUACAACAUCGAUGGAGUGGUCGGAGUACGGAAGUGCUCGAUGCCCUCGUCAGAUUCUGCCUUUGACAUGGGAUUCGCUUGUUUCGCUUUAUGGAAUUCUGAGGGCGGAAUCAUCGCGCAAGACUGUUGGGUCCAUCAAGAGGUAUGUCCUCAAACGAUGUUUCAAUCCCUAUAA